AUGUUUCCUUCUUCCAUAUCUUGUUUGGUGGCCCUGAGUCUGAUGAGCCAGGGCCUUCUAGCUCAGAGCCAACCGGAAAAUGUCAUCACCGACGAUACCUACUUCUACGGCCAAUCGCCACCAGUGUAUCCUACACCGGAACAGGUAGACACCGGCUCAUGGGCUGCCGCUGUAGCCAAAGCCAAGAACUUGGUGUCCCAGUUGACACUUGAAGAGAAAGUCAACUUGACUACAGGAGGCCAGACGACCACCGGCUGCUCUGGCUUCAUCCCUGGCAUUCCCCGUGUAGGCUUUCCAGGACUGUGUUUAGCAGACGCUGGCAACGGUGUCCGCAACACAGAUUAUGUGAGCUCGUUUCCCUCCGGGAUUCAUGUCGGUGCAAGCUGGAAUCCGGAGUUGACCUACAGCCGGAGCUACUACAUGGGUGCUGAGGCCAAAGCCAAGGGCGUUAACAUCCUUCUCGGUCCAGUAUUUGGACCUUUGGGCCGAGUAGUUGAAGGUGGACGCAACUGGGAGGGGUUCUCCAAUGAUCCCUACCUGGCGGGUAAAUUAGGGCAUGAAGCUGUCGCCGGUAUCCAAGACGCCGGAGUUGUUGCAUGCGGAAAACAUUUCCUUGCUCAAGAGCAGGAGACCCAUAGACUUGCGGCGUCUGUCACUGGGGCUGAUGCAAUCUCAUCAAAUCUCGAUGACAAGACCCUCCAUGAAUUAUAUCUCUGCUAUAACAGAGCAAACAACUCACACGCCUGCCAAAACUCGAAGCUUCUCAAUGGCCUUCUCAAGGGCGAGUUAGGAUUCCAGGGUUUUGUCGUCUCGGACUGGGGCGCACAGCAAUCCGGUAUGGCUUCAGCAUUGGCUGGCCUGGAUGUUGUCAUGCCCAGCUCGAUAUUGUGGGGGGCCAACCUUACCCUUGGUGUGAACAACGGAACUAUUCCCGAGUCACAGGUUGACAAUAUGGUUACACGGCUCCUUGCAACUUGGUAUCAGUUGAACCAGGACCAAGACACCGAAGCCCCAGGUCACGGACUCGCUGCCAAGCUUUGGGAGCCUCACCCAGUAGUCGACGCUCGCAACGCAAGCUCCAAGCCUACUAUCUGGGACGGUGCAGUCGAGGGCCAUGUUCUUGUUAAGAACACCAACAACGCACUGCCAUUCAAGCCCAACAUGAAACUCGUUUCUUUGUUCGGAUACUCUCACAAAGCUCCUGACAAGAACAUCCCAGACCCCGCCCAAGGCAUGUUCUCCGCUUGGUCUAUCGGUGCCCAAUCCGCCAACAUCACUGAGCUGAAUCUCGGCUUUCUCGGAAACUUAAGUCUCACAUACUCCGCCAUCGCGCCUAACGGAACCAUCAUCUCGGGUGGAGGCUCGGGUGCCAGCGCUUGGACUCUUUUCAGCUCACCCUUCGAUGCAUUCGUUUCUCGCGCGAAGAAAGAGGGUACUGCGCUUUUCUGGGAUUUUGAGAGCUGGGAUCCUUAUGUGAACCCUACAUCUGAAGCUUGCAUCGUUGCUGGUAAUGCAUGGGCUAGCGAAGGCUGGGAUAGACCUGCAACCUAUGAUGCCUAUACUGAUGAGCUCAUCAAUAACGUCGCUGACAAGUGCGCUAACACUAUUGUUGUUCUUCACAAUGCUGGAACACGACUUGUGGAUGGCUUCUUUGGUCACCCCAACGUCACCGCUAUUAUCUACGCUCAUCUCCCAGGUCAGGAUAGUGGAGAUGCUCUGGUAUCUUUGCUCUAUGGCGAUGAGAACCCAUCUGGCCGCCUCCCUUACACCGUUGCCCGCAACGAGACGGAUUAUGGUCACCUGCUGAAGCCAGACUUGACUCUCGCCCCCAACCAGUACCAACACUUUCCCCAGUCUGACUUCUCCGAGGGUAUUUUCAUUGACUACCGACAUUUCGAUGCUAAGAACAUCACGCCUCGCUUCGAGUUUGGUUUCGGCUUGAGCUACACAACCUUUGAGUACGCUAGUCUCCAGAUCUCAAAGUCCCAGGCCCAGACACCGGAAUACCCAGCUGGUGCUCUUACCGAGGGAGGCCGUUCAGACUUGUGGGACGUCGUUGCUACUGUCACAGCAAGCGUCAGGAACACUGGGUCUGUCGACGGCAAGGAGGUUGCACAGCUGUACGUUGGUGUUCCAGGUGGUCCUAUGAGACAGCUACGUGGCUUUACGAAACCAGCUAUUAAGGCUGGAGAGACGGCUACAGUGACCUUUGAGCUUACUCGCCGCGACUUGAGUGUCUGGGAUGUUAAUGCGCAGGAGUGGCAACUUCAGCAAGGCAACUAUGCUAUCUACGUCGGCCGAAGUAGUCGAGAUCUGCCUCUGCAAGGUACCUUGAGCAUCUAG